AUGGACCGUUCUCAAAGGAAAAGUAAGUCGGAAGAAGACAGCAGUGCGUACAAACACAGCGUCGCAAGUGGCUAUGAAGUAAGGCCGAACAAGCGAUACUACGACUACGGCUUCGGCGCACCAAACAACUAUUAUGGUAGACUUUUCUACAAUCAGGGAUAUCCUGGAGGAUUCUACAAUCAAGGAUUACCUGGAAGAGACUACAAUCAGAGACCUUAUCGUGCCACCACGGGUGCCGCCACAGGUGCUUCCACGGCUACUGGACAAAGCAGUGACGGUGGAAAAGUAACACAAGACAGUCGAGGAGCAGGCUCUGCGAAUAGCAGUGGGGCUGGCAACAAAUCUUCCGCCGCGGCUCAUGCUACUGCUCACACCGAGAAUACCUACCCGACUGGACAAAGCAGCGACGGUGGAAAAGUAACACAAGGCAGUCAAGGAGAAGGCUCUGCGAAUAGCAGUGGGACUGGAAACAAAUCUUCCGCCGCGGCUCAUGCUACCGCGCACAACACGGCUACCUACCCGACUGGACAAAGCAGCGAUCGUAGAAAAGUAAUACAAUGCAGUCGAGGAGCAGGCUCUGCGAAUAGCAAAGGGGCUGGCAACAAAUCUUCCGCGGCGGCUCAUACUACCGCUCACACCUCGAAUACCAACCCGACUGGACAAAUCAGCGACGGUGGAAAAGUAACACAAGACAGUCGAGGAGCAGGCUCUGCGACUAGCAGUGGGGCUGGCAUCAAUUCUUCCGCCGCAGCUCAUGCUACUGCUCACACCGCGAAUACCUACCCGACUGGACAAAGCAGCGACGGUGGAAAAGUAACACAAGGCAGUCAAGGAGCAGGCUCUGCGACUAGCAGUAGGGAUGGCAACAAAUCUUCCGCCGCGGCUCAUUCUACUGCUCACACCGCGAAUACCUACCCGACUGGACGAAGCAGCGACGGUGGAAAAGUAACACAAGGCAGUCAAGCAGCAGGCUCUGCGAAUAGCAGUGGGGCUGGCAACAAAUCUUCCGCGGCGGCUCAUACUACCGCUCACACCUCGAAUACCAACCCGACUGGACAAAGCAGCGACGGUGGAAAAGUAACACUAGACAGUCGAGGAGCAGGCUCUGCGACUAGCAGUGGGAAUGGCAACAAAUCUUCCGCCGCAGCUCAUGCUACUGCUCACAACGCGAAUACCUACCCGACUGGACAAAGCAGCGACGGUGGAAAAGUAACACAAGGCAGUCAAGGAGCAGGCUUUGCGACUAGCAGUGGGGCUGGCAACAAGUCUUCCGCCGCGGCUCAUGCUACUGCUCACAACACGAAUACCUACCCGACUGGACAAAGCAGCGACGGUGACGCACGCGUUGGUAGGCAGGUCCGGUUUCCAGCAGCGUUAUUCAAGGAGCAGGCUUUGCGACUAGCAGUGGGGCUGGCAACAAGUCUUCCGCCGCGGCUCAUGCUACUUGCUCACAACACGAAUACCUACCCGACUGGACAAAGCAGCGACGGUGGAAAAGUAACACAAGGCAGUCAAAGAGCAGGCUCUGCGACUAGCAGUGGGGCUGGCAACAAGUCUUCCGCCGCGGCUUAUGCUACUGCUCACAACGCGAAUACCUAUCCGACUGGACAAAGCAGCGACGGUGGAAAAGUAACACAAUGCAGUCAAGGAGCAGGCUCUGCGACUAGCAGUGGGGAUGGCAACAAAUCUUCCGCCGCGGCUCAUUCUACUGCUCACACCGCGAAUAUCUACCCGACUGGACGAAGCAGCGACGGUGGAAAAUUAACACAAGGCAGUCAAGCAGCAGGCCCUGCGACUAGCAGUGGGGCUGGCAACAAGUCUUCCGCCGUGGCUCAUGCUACUGCUCACAACGCGAAUACCUACCCGACUGGACAAAGCAGCGAUCGUAGAAAAGUAACACAAUGCAUUCGAGGAGCAGGCUCUGCGAAUAGCAAAGGGGCUGGCAACAAAUCUUCCGCCGCGGCUCAUGCUACCGCUCAGAAUGCAGCUACCUACCCGACUGGAGAAAGCAGCGACGGUGGAAAAGUAACACAAGGCAGUCAAGGAGCAGGUUCUGCGACUAGCAGUGCGGCUGGCAUCAAUUCUUCCGCCGCAGCUCAUGCUAUUGCUCACACCGCGAAUACCUACCCGACUGGACAAAGCAGCGACGGUGGAAAAGUAACACAAGGCAGUCAAGCAGCAGGCUCUGCGACUAGCAGUGGGGCUGGCAACAAAUCUUCCGCCGCGGCUCAAGCUACCGCUCACAAUGCGGCUACCUACCCGACUGGACAAAGCAGCGACGGUGGAAAAGUAACACAAAGAAGUCAAGGGACAGGCUGCGGGACUAGCACUGUGGCUGGUACUGAAUCUGCUGGCACUGGGACCAGCCCUGUGGCUGACGCUGUUACUGGCACCGCAUUUUCCGGAGCUGGUCAAGGCGAUCAGAUUUCAGGAAUUUCGGUUGAUCCUUUUCCGGGAGUCAAGGGGAAGUUUUGCAUUUGCGGAUAUGGUACUCAAUUCUUGAAUGCAAUUCCAAAAUACAUGUUAAACUCAUAA